GCCGCCGUUUUCAACAACUCCACCAACCCACCUAACGAGAAGGACAAAGGCCGAAACCCAUUUCUCAACCCAAUCCAUCUCUGACCUGAAUUGAUUACCUUUCUCGGCAACAAUGGGUGUGACGGCGAAGAUCGCACCGUCGAUGCUUUCCUCGGACUUUGCCAAUUUGGCCUCGGAAGCCGAACGUAUGCUCAAUUGUGGCGCCGAUUGGCUCCACAUGGACAUCAUGGAUGGGCAUUUUGUACCAAAUCUAACAAUUGGAGCUCCAGUCAUUGAGAGUUUGCGAAAACACUCACAAGCAUAUUUGGAUUGUCACCUUAUGGUCACAAAUCCUCUUGAUUAUGUUGAACCUAUGGGGAAAGCUGGUGCUUCUGGUUUUACUUUCCAUGUUGAGGUUUCCAAAGAAAACUGGCAAGAACUCAUUCAAAUAAUAAAAUCAAAGGGCAUGAAGCCUGGUGUGGCUUUAAAGCCUGGAACGCCAAUUGAAGAAGUUUAUCCUCUGAUUGAGGCGGAGAAUCCUGUCGAAAUGGUCCUUGUUAUGACUGUUGAACCUGGAUUUGGUGGGCAGAAAUUCAUGCCAGAAAUGAUGGAUAAGGUGCGCACACUGAGAAAGAAGUACCCUGCACUUGAUAUAGAAGUAGAUGGGGGCCUGGGGCCUUCAACCAUCGAAAUGGCUGCUUCAGCAGGGGCAAACUGUAUCGUUGCAGGGAGUUCAGUGUUUGGAGCUGCAGAACCAGCCAAAGUAAUAUCCCUUUUGAGAAAUAGUGUUCAGCAAGCCCAAUGAAAGUAACACAGUUGAUUUUGGUAAAUUUUGAUGAAAAAUGAUAUGUUUUCUCAGCUCUUUAAUUGUAAUAAAGCCUAUGAAAUAAAUUCAGCUUUAAAUUGAUAUAUCUAAAUGUUUGGGAUACAGAACUUUUCACUACAAAUGCAUUAUAAUGUAACUCUAGGUUCAUUACUUUUCUACUGGAUAUAGUAGGCCAUAUAGUGAGAACUCAUACAUGAAAUUCUUUAAUUUGGUCUUUGAGAUUU